AUGAAUGGAGAUCUAUAUCGCCGUCGAUGUUGCAUUGGAAAAGAUUGUACUGUUAUAUUAUUGGGAUGGACAUUUGAAGUUGAUCGAUGUUGGUAUCAAGAUGGACGAUCUUGUUUAGAAUGUUGUAUAUUCGGAUAUCCAAAUGAACGUAACAAUGAUUUAUCCAAAGUUAUAUCUGUUUGUCAUGCUUCAACAAUUCUACCAUUUUAUAAUUUUAUUCAUCGAUUAUUCAUUUAUUGA